AUGGCACCACAAGAUAUCGGUCUCGAAGAUGUCCGCAUUACGCCACUCACCCCUGAGAUCCUCGCCGCGAUGAAAACGGAAGAAGAAAGGAAGAAGGCUAUCCGCGAACGUGGCAAUUGGUUUUACAAUGUUCGCAUGAAUAUUUACAUCAAUGGCCAGGGACUGCAAUUUACAGAAGUGGAGAAGGAGAAAGCUCAUGAUUCACCAAUUUCAUAUCAUUACAGUUGGCGCCAGUAAGUGAGCACCACUACUUGAUUUAUAGAAUACUAAUUUUAGCUAGCGCAUUGGAAACGAAAUAUGACGAAGGACCUACUCAAUGGACUAUCCGUGGAGUCAACAAAAGGGGUGAGAAUCCUCACGAAGACCCAGCGCCUGGAAUGGGCAAAAGCCUUGCGACGAAGGAAAUUCGCGAAACGAAGGAUCUUGAAAAAAAGAGAGAAAUGCUCGCCGAAUUGGGGGAGAAAAACUUUUUUGAAUCCACCAAAUUCUUUCUCGAAAGCACGUUAUAUAAACAACUAAUGGAUGAGCUGAAGAAAGAAGCGAAUAAGGAACGUUUGAAGGGCAUCACCGACAUGGUCGCUUUUGGGGGUAGUGAUGCCAUGCAACUGGAUAGAACGGAGGCAAACCACGUCCUUAAAUGUGUUGUCCAACACCGAACUAUGUACGAUUGUCGUGAAGUGAUACGGGGAUUCUCAGGCAAAAGUAAGGAGGAAAUCUCUGCUUAUGCUCAAGACCCAAUGUACACGGAAGAGGAUGCUCUUACUCUUGGACGGGUGGGGAUUGACGUUACAGGGGCUCGUUUCAACCAGCACGACGCGUUAACUAAGCUCAACGAAAAUUCUUUUGUUUUUGAUUUUAUCGUGUGUUACCCAGUGGAGAAUAUCAUCUUCAAGAUUACACGGCCAGCAGCUAUUUUCACUCAUUUCUACAUUGACGAAGAAACCUUUACAAAAUACUCUGCAACGGAAGAUCAAUACGUGAAUUUUGAGGGUGCGGACUACAGAAUUCCAGGCCAUACUCCGUGAGUAUUACACACUCCUUCUUGUAGUAACCCUGGCUACUUGAUCCUAUCUAGGAUGCAAGAAAAUUACAAAUUUGAGAAGUUCCAAGAAGAUUACGAGGAAAUUGCUUUAGAUGUCAGCAAAUUGUUGGCUGGAAAGCCCGGAGGAGAGGACAGGGAAGCUCACCGAGAUGGAUGGAGGGGAUUCAGCUAUCUCGGUUAUCAUCCCCAUUUAUAUAUUCGCCGCUGGUAG